AUGUCUUCUCCCAAAUCAACCACUUCGAUGCCACCUUCAUGGCAACACAAAUACGUUCAUGAAAUGAACAGUACUGAACGCCUCGAAUCUCUCACCGCUUGGGCAGAAGAGAAGAAAUUCGUUCGGCCUGGUGAAGGUGGUACUUUACCUUUCGGGAGCAUCGGAGGGAUGAAUGCGCUGGUUUACGGAGGCUCGCUAUGUAGCUCUGUAAGCAGCAUGCAGUCGAAUGAUAAAUAUGGAGGACAGUAUGAAGCUMCCAUCGGACCGCCGAGCUAUCAGGUUGCUAUUGCAAGUGAUGGAACAGGAGAUAAAAGGAAAAGUGCGGUGAGGAGGUGGCUUGAAGAGAGGAAAGUGAAGAAAGUUGCGAGGAGGGAGGAUAGUGUGCCGGGGUAUGCGCCUUGA